GGAAUUUUGGCACCCAGCCCGCCGUAAAAGAGGGCAUAGUUCAAGAUGGCAGAAAAGAAGCAGCAAAUUGAUCUGAUGCAACUCCCUUUACCUCAUUUAAAUCAAUUGAAAGAAACAUUAGAACAGGAAGUUGAUGUUUUGCAAAAUUCUCUACAACAGUUGAAAUUAGCACAGGGAAAGUUUGUAGAUUCUCUUGAAAGUCUUAACAAAUUCAAACCAGAAAAUGAAGGAAAAGACAUACUUGUUCCACUGACUUCAUCGCUAUAUGUUCCAGGGCAGUUAAGUGAUGUUAAAACUGUUUUGAUUGAUAUUGGCACUGGUUAUUACGUGGAGAAGUCUGUGGAAAAAUCAAAGGAAUAUUUUAAACGUAAAAUUGACUUUAUGACUAAACAAAUGGAUAAAGCGCAACCUGCAAUGGCAGAAAAGUUCAAAUUAAAACAAGCUGUGAUGGAAGUUAUGAACAUAAAGUACCAAGCUCAGUUAGCUCAGAUGCAACAAAAUCAAGCUGUUAAAUCAUAAUUAACUAUCAUAAUUACUCAUCCCAGCAUCACCCGACCACACAAACUUAUGUUUGUGUUUUUACAUUUGCAAUGCUCAUGGUGAAAAAUACAUGUCAUUAAUUGCAGUGCGUAUUAGCUAAAGUUCCUAGAAAUGGUUCAUCAAUAUCAGAGGAUGAAGCUUACUGUGAAAGUAGUAAUUGUUUUAUAAACUAAUUCCCACCAGAGGCCUAAGCACUUGUUGUGCACACUAUCAAUUUUGUGUGAAUUGCCCAUAUAUGGACAUGAUGAUGUCGUAUUACACCCAAAUAUGGGCAUAUCACAUUUAUUUGUCGCAUAAAAUUUGAUAGUGUGGACAAAACUUAAGAAGUGAAGCUGUUGUACAGUAUUUUUUGUCUGCGAGAAAAAUUCUGGUUUGUGACUGGAUAGGGCUUGGGAUUGUAGGGUGAAGAUAGGGCUUGGGAUUGUAGGGUGAAGAUAGGGCUUGGGAUUGUAGGGUGAAGAUAGGGCUUGGGAUUGUAGGGUGAACACCGUCACCAUUAAGCUACAGCUCCACUUCAAAUAUUUGUGAAUGUUAAAACUGUUAGUACUGUAUAAUCAGAGAUACUGUAUAGUAACUGUGGUAUUAUCCAAAAUUUGGAUUAAAUUUUCCUUUUCUGUGUUUAAAGUGGUAUUGAAAUAUGAGACUAUGAAUAAAAUUUCAGAUGUUUUUGCAUUUUUUUACACUUUAAGCUUAAUGAUUUUUUUGCUGAAAUAUAACUAGCUACCUUUCUUACUAGAAAGAGAAAAGACAGUCCACCUAGCUUUAAAUGUUGAAUGUAUGUAUAUUAAUUAUAUUUAAUUGCAUUUAUGAAUUAGCUGCAUCUUGUGUAUUCAUGCUUGCUGCUUCUUUAGUUUGCAAAUUUUCCAAGUUUGUUUUUUACCAGCUGAUAGAAUUUAAUAUUCCUUUUUUCCAAUUGAAAUGCUCGUGUGAUUCCUGUUAUUCCAUUAACAUCCUUGAUGUUUUUGAUUUGUUUUUGUACGAAAGAGUUGCAAUAAAUACUUGGGAGAAAGAA